AUGUCGGCCGGGUGUGUGGAUUCCACCUGUGAAUACGCGAGCGGGUCUCUGCGGUCGCCACGUUUCCCCCCGUACCUAACACACCGGCCGGCACGGAGAUGUCUGCGGACCGAACGGCCGAGGGGAGACGCGCCGUCGCUGCCCUCCGGGAUCGGACUGCGGGGAGACCAGGCGGCAGCGCUGCCGGGAAGGGAACCGACGGCGGGGCCGGUAGACUGCGCUCUGGAUGCCCCCGGUGGGACGGGGUCGGGGGGCCAGGGGCCGGGCGGGUCGCGCACCUUCCCACGGCCGCGCCGAUGGUGGCGCCUGGGGGUAGAGGAGACCCUGCAGAAGCUCUCCCUGCGCCGGAAGAAGGCGCUGAGCGCCCAGGAGACGGACCCGGACGAGCUGCAGGCGGCGGGCGGCGCCAUCGACCCUGCCGUGUUCAGUGAGCGGGCGAUCCUGGUGGCCCUGCUGACGCUGCACGUGGCGCCCCUCGCUGUCCUCCAGAUGCUCCGACCCUGUGCCAAGCAGAGGUUGCCAAGCGAGCCCCAGGCCUCAUCGAGCGUGCCUGAGUCGAGAGGUCAGAGUUGGGCCGGUGCCCCGCGCCCCUGUGGCCCGGGUGGCGAGGUGGCAGGGGCGGCGAGGUGGCAGCGCCUGGCACGGGGCGGCCUUGGCCCUCAGUGGCCAGGCCUUUCUGUCGGUCUUCUACUAGGACCCACUGGGCCAUCCAAGGACUCGCCCCUUGGGCUCCAGUCCCCAGCUUCGGCCUGGCUGCCGCCCUGGAGAGAGCACCUGUGGAUCAGGUGGACGCAGAGCGGGUGCCCCAGGGAGGCCAAGUGGGCUGGGCUUCAUCUGGGACUUUUGCUGCCCUCCCCUCUGCGCUCCUGCCUUCGUUCCACAAACCCUGGAACGAGACUGCUUUGGUGCCUGUGCUCAUGGUUUGUCCGGCCUCAGGGAAGCGCUCAGGGAGCUGGGCAGGCAGAGGUCUUCCUGCCACCCCCUCACCUGUAUCCCACUCGCCGGAAGUCCUGCUCUGGAGUCUGGCCAGAUGAGCUUCCCUUCUCGGGUGAUGGGGCGUGGGACAGGAGUGAGCGUGGCAGCCCCUGGUUGCCCUGGACACUCGGUGCAGAGGCCGGAGUGGCAGAGCACUGGGCUCAGGUGUGAGGGGCCUCCUCACUCUCGAGGGUCAUGACUGGGGCAUGAACAGGUGCUGGUGACAAGGUGUCAUGGUGCAGCUCCAACUCCCUCCUCCCCGUGUGUCCCUUCUGCUCCUAGGUGCUUUCAGAAACCCUCUGACUUGCAGCCGAACCCCCUGGCUGGCUGCUUGGCCAGAAGCAUGGGGCUCUCUCAGACACCCUGAGAAGGGCUGACCUGCAGGUGGAGGGCAGGCUGGGCCCCUCUGAGUGGGAGAGCCAGGGCCCUGGGUUCCCAUGUCCCCUGUCCUACGUGGCCCUGGGCACUCGAGUGCAGGCCUCCUCACUGACCCAUGCUCUGUCUGCUCUCUCUGUGUCUCUCUGACCUCCAGGGCCUUUUUCUGCCAAGAACUGUAGCCCCCGCAAGGCCCUCCAUUUCCUGGGCCCCGGGCCUGUGGCCUCUGUGAUCCUGCUCCACAGCCCCACUGCCCUGCACUCACCUCUCUCUCCCGGGCCCCCCGGGUCCCUCCAGUUCUCUUGCUGCCGGUUCUCUCCUUUUACAGGUUGCGUUUAUUGGUUUAUCUCUGGGGGUUGGUGAGCUCUCUUGUUUCCAUGGAAACUGCCGUGGCCCCAGAAAGCCACAGCAGCUUUGAGCGACAAGGGCAGGACCCUGCAGGCCAUCCCUGCCAUCAGCUUAGAGACUGAAGACAGGAUUUCAGGGCUCGCUUUAUUAGAGACAACCCGCAGUCCUUCUGGAACGAGAUCAACACCCCUGUCCCCGGGGGCUAACUCAGCUGGGUGAGACUCGGCUCUGUAGAGGUGUCCCCACCCCAGAGGAGGACAGCUGGCCAGGGGGCAGGGAAGGGGCUGCGUGGUACACUGUGCAGAGCAGAGCCCUGGGUGUGAGAAAUGCCUCGGUCUCUGAGAUGCUGUCAGCCACCUGAGUGGGCAGCCUGAGGACAAACUGUGACUUCUGCCUGGUUCCUGAGCUGAGAGUACCUUCCAGGCAUUUCUAGGGGUGUGUGAGGGAGGGCUGAGAUCCCAUACAUGGUGUGGCUUCACCCUCCUUCCCACCCCUCCCCAUGUCGCCCACCUGGAAGUUCCAGUUGCCACCUGGAGCUCGGGCCAGGUCAGGGGAGGGGUGGGUGGACUAGUGGCUGAGCUGAGGAAUCGAUGGGUGAGUUUCCAGAAGGAAGGAGAAACAGAAACAGAGCCCUCCUCCCUCGAGGGGUGUUGGCGCUCACUCACUGAGGACUCUGGGUGCCAGGCCAACUCUAGCGUUGGGGGCGCAGUGGGACUGCGAGGUGGACAUGCUCUUGGUCCAGGGAGGGAGAUGGCUAGACAAACCGACAGUAACAGACGGGAGGAGGCCAGUGCAGCUGGCCUUGCUGGAACAGUAAGGGUUGAGCAGGCUGGGGGGCCCUGGG